AUGUCCGAGAUCGUCGAUGUCCCAGAAGACUCGCCACCACGUUCGCCGGACGUUGAGUGCCCUGUUUCAGAGGAGGGAUCUUCUGAGAAGAGCACGACGGAGCCACGCAAACGUACCGCUGAGGAAUCUGUGCAGAAGAAGGAGGAGAAUGAUGAUGAUGAGGUGGUCGAUGUGACUCCAGUCAAGAAGGCCAAGUUUGACGAGACUGAGAGCGAGCAACUCGUCGAAUCCGUUGUCGAUGAAACUGAAAAUGGAGCUGGAACUGUUGUCGCUGAGCCAAUCGUCGAGGAACCAGCUAGCGAUGAGCAAUCUGCUGAGGAAGCUAACGACGAAGGAGAAGAGGAAGGCGAGGAAGGACAAGAAGGACAAGAGGAAGAUGGAGAAGAGGAGAAUGGAGCUGAGGAGGAGCAAAAUGAGCAAUAA